CACAAAAACACCUGGCCGCCCAGCCACUCGAGUCGAAUCCUUACGCCUUACGCCCCGGGGGGGCCACGUAAAUUGAACAAAAAACCACAGCCGCCAUCAUGUACGGAAUGCUGUACGAGAGCGUGCAGCACUAUAUCCAGGAGGAAUACGGCAUGGAGACAUGGACAAAGAUCUGCCAGAUAGUCGACUGCAAGCAUAAUAGCUUUAAAACGCAUCAAAUAUAUCCGGAUAAGCUGAUGCCGGAUAUUGCCGCAGCGCUAUCCGCCUGUACGGGCGAGUCCUUUGACUUUUGCAUGAACUUCUUUGGCAAAUGUUUCGUGCGCUUCUUCAGUAACUUUGGCUAUGACAAGAUGAUACGCUCGACGGGUCGGUAUUUUUGCGAUUUCCUGCAGUCCAUCGAUAAUAUACAUCUGCAGAUGAGAUUCACAUACCCGAAGAUGAAGUCGCCCAGCAUGCAGCUGACCAAUAUGGAUGAUAAUGGAGCGGUCAUAUUAUAUCGCAGCGGGCGCACAGGCAUGUCCAAAUAUCUCAUCGGACAGAUGACGGAGGUGGCCCGGGAGUUCUAUGGCCUGCAAAUGACAGCCUAUGUUAUCGAGAGUCAGAAUGAUAUAUGCGGCGGCACCGCGGGACCCAUUAAGCUCUCCGACGGUCCCUUAACGGUAAUAGUUAAGUAUCGCCUGGACUUUGACAACCGCGACUAUAUGGCCCAACGUGUCAACGUUGUCGCCCAUCCAUCGCAGCUGAAGAUGCCGUCGGUGGACCUGAACGUGUUCCUAGAGCUGUUCCCCUUUACAAUUGUUUUGAAUCAUGACAUGAAAAUAACGCUAGCUGGCGAGAAGAUCAUUGAGACUUGGAUACUGCAUAAUCCGGGCGUUAAUCCCAAGAGCUUUAUUGGCACCCAUGUCAUGGAUGUGUUCAAGUGCCGGCGGCCAAAAGACACCAAAAUCGAGUGGGAUACCAUUUUACAGAUGCGAACCGUGCUGUUCGAGAUGGAGCUGAUACGCACCGGGCACAGUCGAGCCGCCUAUGAUGCGGCCCUCAAUCUCGAUUAUGAGAACUACGACGACUCGAGCUUGAACGAGGCACAGACCAUGGCAGUGGCCAAGGCCCAGGAGUUUGAAAAGGAGCAUGAAAAGGAUGAAGAAGAAGCGGCAGCAGCAACGAAGGAAAUCGAUCCGGCCACAGGAUUGCGCAGGGCUUCAGUAGGUCUUCGUUCUAUUCUGCUCAAGGGUCAGAUGUUCUAUAUCAAGGAUGUGGACUCGUUAAUCUUUCUGUGCAGCCCCUUGAUUGAGAAUCUGGACGAGCUGCAUGGCAUCGGCUUAUACCUGAAUGAUCUCAAUCCACAUGGCCUGAGCCGUGAGCUGGUCAUGGCGGGCUGGCAGCAUUGCUCUAAGCUAGAGAUUAUGUUCGAGAAGGAGGAGCAGCGCUCCGAUGAGCUGGAAAAGUCCUUGGAGCUGGCCGAUUCAUGGAAGCGACAAGGUGACGAACUGCUCUACUCCAUGAUACCACGACCCAUUGCGGAGCGCAUGCGAAUGGGACAAGAGCACGUCUGUCAAAGCUUUGAGGAGGUCUCCGUCAUCUUCAUUGAAGUAAUGAAUAUUUACGACAGCGGCUCAACCAACGUACAGGAAGCCAUGCAGGCUGUCAACACCCUAAACAAGGUGUUCUCUGCGCUGGACGAGGAGAUCAUAUCGCCAUUUGUCUAUAAGGUAGAGACCGUGGGCAUGGUCUAUAUGGCAGUGUCUGGAGCACCGGAUAUCAAUCCUCUGCAUGCCGAACACGCCUGCGACUUGGCGUUGCGCGUUAUUAAGAAGGUGAAGGCCCACAAUCUUCCGGAUGUGGCUAUCCGCGUGGGCAUCAAUUCUGGUCCAGUGGUAGCUGGUGUGGUUGGCAUGAAGGUGCCACGGUACUGCCUCUUCGGGGAUACUGUGAAUACGGCCUCGCGCAUGGAGAGCAGCUGCGAUCCUUGGAAGAUACAAUUGUCCAACUACACGGCCAUGAAAGUGCGGGAGGUGGGAUACAAAGUGGAGGCGCGCGGCUUUGUGAAAGUUAAGGGCAAGGGGGAUAUGGAAACCUAUUGGUUGCUCGCAGGACCAGAAUAAUAAACUUAUUAUAUAAAAGUGCAAGUCAAUAUAUCUGUCUUUGUAGUACUAAAUGACACUUUAAUGUAAA